AUUGUUUCAAAAAUAUCAAGGACAUCUGAUGAAGAGAAAGAGAAAAAUCACUCAGAAUAGGGCGGGACGCCAUUGAGCGAUGGAUAGACAUGAAGGGGUGAGUAAUAAACUGUUUAUUACUACCCUUAUGCUGGGAUCAUCUCACUCACCAUGCCUGGAGGACAAGCCCUAUGUCUGUACAUUCAGAUGUACAUUUGCAAAAAUGGAAAUCAUUUUACUGUGUUUGCAAAGGACCUCACAUGGCGUUCCCAAACAGUUUGACAGAUCUGAGAAGCCACAAAAACAUAAAACGGUUUACAUUUGACCAAAAGCUCCUUUUUAAAAGUCUAUUUUUACUGAUAUCCAGUUCUUCUCACAAUUUAAAUGAAUGAGCUCCAUGAAUACUUUGUGGAGAUUGUGGUUCAAGGUCUUUCCAUUGAUUGACACUCACUAAGUUAGCUUAAGAGGCUAAUAGCUAUCAAGCAUUAGUCCAUUCAUGUCAUCUUCCAUACACCUCAUUGACUUACAUCUAAAAUUACUAAUUUAGUUGAUUUUUGUACUAGGAACUCCAGUAGACUUCCACAAGAUCAAUUAUAUCGAGGGUUCUCUGAAACUUUGGUAAAAUGGCUGUGCUGCCAAUAAAAUUCACCAAAACCAAGAGAGACAAACUGGCCCAGGGUUUGUGGGUACUAAACUGGAUAUCCAUUAUAACAGGUAUCAUCCUCUUUAGCUUAGGCAUCUUUUGGAAAGUUGAAAUUAACAAGCGGCAGGAUCUAAUGGCUGAGCGCCAGCUCCAAUCCGUGCCAAACAUGCUAAUUGCCGUGGGACUUAUAGCCUGCGUGAUUAACUUUUUGGGAGGAAAGAUCUGCUAUGACUGCGUGGACACCAACAAGUUCUUACGCUGGAAGUUGGUGAUGCUCCCAUACAUCAUUUGCACGUUUUUCUUCACUCUGAGCGUGCUCGUGGGUGCCUUGAUGUGCUACAGCAUGCACGGACAGCUGGAGGAAGCGAUAACUUUGGGGCUACGUGAUGCUAUGCAUUACUAUAAGGACACGGACAAACCAGGCCGCUGCUUCCUGAAGGGCACUGUGGACCUGCUGCAGAUCCAGUUCCAGUGCUGUGGGAACGAGGGCUACAGAGACUGGUUCCAGAUCCAGUGGGUCAGCAACCGAUAUUUGGAUAUGUCUCAACGGGAAGUGGUAGACCGUCUACAGAGCAAUGUGGAAGGAAAAUACUUAAUGGAUGGAGUUCCCUUCAGCUGCUGCAACGUCAAUUCUCCUCAGCCAUGCAUUCAGUACCAAAUCACCAAUAAAUCCGCCCACUAUAAUUACGACUACCAGACAGAGGAGCUCAACCUGUGGAUGAGAGGAUGUCAUCAGGCUCUGCUAGAUUAUUACACCAACAUCGUGCAUUCUAUCGGCCUCACGGUUCUGAUCAUCUGGCUCUUUGAGGAUGCAGUAACAACGGGGGUCCGUUACCUCCAAACGUCUCUGGAAAACGUGCUGCGGCAGGGGGACCCUGAGUGCAAGUCUGACGGGUGGCUCCUGGAGAACAGCUUUGUGGAGACGGCUCACUCUAAUUUCAACAUCAUCAAACACCUGGGCAAGUUCAAUCAGAUCAACAUUGCAUGCAAUGGAGAUCCAAACAUUGACAAACCACCUACAGCACACUAUGGUCCAGACAAUGUGCCUCCAAAGCCUCUUUCAACAGCCAGCUAGGCCUUCUGAAUGCUCCUUCUGGCCAGAAAAAUUACAUAAGCCACAGAGGACUGGACUGUGAUGCUAUGACUUAAAAAUGAUGAAAAUGAUUCAGUGAAAAUUGAGAUGGCAUUGCAAGGCAGGAACACUGUGAAAUUAAAACAUACUUGAGGUCUGAUGUAAUUUAACAUGUAAGAGCUUAACCAAGUGCUGCUUUAACACACAAUGCAAAGCAUCAUGGGGCCUUCAGAGUCUUAAAAUGCAUAAAUUGCCUCUCAUUAAGAAUACAACCGUUUAAUUAUUUUUGUUUUCACGAUUCUCAUGUGAAUAGUGUGAUUACUGGAGAGUUUGUUUAGAGCUAAACUGUUCACUGUAGGUUUUUCAUUAGUGAGUAAUUGGAUGUGGGUUUUUUUUUUUCAGUUCCAGAAUCAGUCUGAUGUAGGCUACACUGACGUCUAAUAAGGUGAAUAGCUACUGUUUCUUUCCUACAAUCCUCCCAAAUGUCUCUUCUGGCAGUG